UGGUGAUUAUUUUUUAUUUUUUUCGGAAAUAGUUUUAAAAAAGUCAUAUAUUGCAAUAUUUCACUUGAAGAACAUUCGUUGGCAGACUCUGUAUAGCUAAACCAAACUCCGUAUAGCAGCUAUACGGAGUAUUACUCCGUAUAGAAACCACACUCCGUACGUCACAAGUCCACUCAACUCAGCGACACUUCUGUGUUAUGAACCAACGUGAAUGUAGCAGACAAUAUGAUCCCAGUUGGUGAAUUGCAAUACUCAGAAAAAUAUGAGGAUACAGAGUACGAAUAUAGACAUGUGAUUGUUCCAAGAAAAUACACGGACAUGAUUCCUAAGCACCAUCUUAUGACUGAAACAGAGUGGCGCAAUUUAGGAAUUCAACAGUCACCUGGCUGGAUACAUUACCUUAUUCAUAAACCAGAACCGAAUGUUUUGCUGUUUCGUCGAAAGCUGAGCAAGAAGCCACCAUUAUCUAACGCUACAAACAGAGUUCCAGCUGCAAAUAUUCAAGUUUAACCACACGAUGUUUUUUUAAAAACUUUUAACUCGAGUUUAGUAUGUACAUAAUUUAUUUUGUUGUAUAUGUAUAUAUAUAUAUACAAAGCAUGAUUUUAUUCAGAA